AUGCAGUUUCGAGUGCUCUCGCUACUUUUUGUUCUCGGAGGUUCAAGUCAGUUCUUAUUUCACUGCUAGCCUUUAUAAAAUUCUAUUUUCAGUAGUCGGAUUUUCCUAUUGUGCCGAUUCUACAACUGAUUCUCCAACAGCCAUAAACGUGGAUCGUCGAUGUGGAGAGGAUCUGGGCAACUUGUGGCUCGAUGUGGUGGCGGUGGUUGACAACUCGAUAGGAAUGACCGAUUUUGGAUUGACUGAUGUAAACUGAAAUUGAUAUAAUAUUCAAAUUAACAAAAGUUUAGAUUGCUGCGAGUAUUGCUAGUGUGUUCAGCAACAACACACGGAUCGGAGUGCAGGAUUAUGAGCCAAGGACCACCAGAGUUGGACUCGUGACAUACAAUGCGGUCGCGAACACUGUAAGCACAUAGUAGUUGGAUGGUAGUUGAAGAAAAUCGAGUUACUUCUAGGCGGCUUCUCUUGACAAAUACCAAUCGAUCAACGAUCUCUACAACGGCGUCUUCACUGAUCUCGCCAAAGUGAGCUCCACUGACGAAUCGUACCUGGCGAAUGGACUGGCGGCCGCGGAGCAAAUCCUGGAGGCCGGAAAGCAUGACUACAACCGUUCGCAUUAUCAGAAAGUAGUGAUCGUCUACGCUUCCACUUACAAGUGAGUCCAGUCCACAAAUCCGUUUGGAUGUCUGUCAAUUUCAAUCCUUCCAUUGCAGAGGAGAUGGAUCAUUGAAUCCGCUGCCAGUGGCUGAACGUCUCAAGUCCUCGGGAGUCAUCAUUGUGACGGUCGCCUACGAUCAAGCCGGAGACGGUGCUCUUCUGGCCGAUCUCGCUAAGAUCGCUACUCUUUAUUACAACUUCUCCAACACUGAUAACGGUGGAAACACGCUCGGAGAGAUUCAGGGAGCUCUGCUUCAAGGUAUAGGGCAUUCAUGUCUCGACAUCUUAUUUCUAUUUCCCAAUUCAGCUAACUGCUUCUGCCCGAACAGUUGGACUCAGUUCCGUGUCGAGUUCUCCGACGUCUACUCCUACCGUUACGGCCUCUGCCUGCAAGCAGUCGGUCUCACCGCUGUCUGGCGUGCCGCCCGUCUCUCGUGCCAAAACCGCUGGCCCGGCUCGUUCCUCGUCAACGAGUACCACUCGAACAAGCACGAUUACGUGCUCUCCCUCGUGGAGAACACCACUGGAUUCGCUCAACCGUUCACUUACCACAUCGGAUUGAGUCUGAGCGUCGGACAAUGGAAGUGGGAUCAGCCGGCCGGAGCACCGCAGAAGCCGUUGGUCGAAUGGAACGACUGGAACAACGGCUUCCCGAUCGCUUCUUCCUCGCUGACGGCGGUGCUGAAUCAGCAGUCGAGCAGUGUGGUGGCCACCGGAUGGCAGAACGUGCAGCCGUGGACCACUUCGGCCAACUACGUCUGCGAGGUCGUCUCCUGCGACACCGACAACUAUUGCGACUCGCUCGGCGAUGAACUCAAGGUCUGA